AUGGCCGAAGAAGCCAAAGCCAAAGGCAACGCGGCCUUCUCAUCCGGCGACUACACCACUGCCAUCAAACACUUCACAGACGCCAUCGCUCUUUCCCCAACCAAUCACGUCCUCUAUUCCAACCGAUCGGCGGCUCACGCUUCUCUCCACAACUACGCCGAUGCUUUAGAAGAUGCUAAGAAAACCGUUGAGCUGAAGCCGGACUGGUCGAAAGGUUACUCUCGGCUCGGCGCCGCUCACCUCGGCCUGAACCAAAUCCAAGACUCUAUCUCUGCGUACAAGAAAGGACUCGAGAUUGAUUCUAAUAAUGAGGGGUUAAAAUCCGGCUUGGCUGAUGCUCAAGCGGCUGCCUCCAGGAGCCGUGCAGCGCCGCCGCCGAGUCCGUUUGGUGAUGCUUUCUCCGGUCCGGAGAUGUGGGCGAAGUUAACGGCGGAUCCGUCGACGAGAAUGUAUUUGCAGCAGCCGGAUUUUGUUAAGAUGAUGCAAGAGAUCCAGAAAAACCCUAAUAAUUUGAAUCUGUACUUGAAGGAUCAGAGAGUGAUGCAGGCUUUGGGGGUUUUGUUGAAUGUGAAGUUUAGAGGGCCGAAUGCAGGGGACGAUAUGGAGAUUCCGGAGGAGACGUCUACUCCGCAGCCGUCUGCGCCGGAGAGGAAGGUGGAGGAGGAGAAGGUGGUGGAACCAGAGCCAAUGGACGUGACGGAGGAUAAGGAAGCGAAGGAGAGGAAAGCGCAAGCAGUGAAAGAGAAGGAGUUGGGGAAUGCUGCUUAUAAAAAGAAGGAAUUUGAGAAGGCUAUUGAGCAAUAUACAAAGGCAAUGGAGCUUGAUGAUGAGGAUAUUUCGUAUUUGACGAAUCGUGCUGCUGUUUUUUUGGAGAUGGGAAAGUAUGAUGAAUGUAUCAAAGAUUGUGACAAAGCUGUUGAAAGGGGUCGAGAGCUUAGAUCAGACUUUAAGAUGGUAGCAAGAGCAUUGACAAGGAAAGGAACUGCCUUGGCGAAAAUGGCAAAAUGCUCGAAGGACUAUGAACCUGCUAUUGAGACCUUCCAGAAGGCUCUAACAGAGCAUCGCAAUCCAGACACACUGAAGAGACUAAAUGAGGCAGAGAAAGCAAAGAAGGAUCUUGAGCAACAAGAAUACUUUGAUCCUAAAUUGGCUGAGGAAGAGCGUGAGAAAGGCAAUGAAUAUUUCAAGCAGCAGAAGUAUCCAGAGGCUGUGAAGCACUACACAGAAUCUUUGAGAAGGAAUCCUAAAGAUCCCAAGGCAUAUAGUAACAGAGCUGCAUGCUACACCAAACUGGGGGCUAUGCCUGAGGGAUUGAAAGAUGCAGAGAAGUGCAUUGAACUUGAUCCAACUUUUUCAAAGGGUUAUACAAGAAAAGGUGCUAUUCAAUUCUUCAUGAAAGAGUAUGAUAAAGCUUUGGAAACUUAUCAGGAGGGUCUGAAACAUGACCCCCAGAACCAGGAGUUGCUAGAUGGUGUCAGAAGAUGCGUGGAGCAGCUCAAUAAGGCUAGCCGGGGUGACCUAAGUCCUGAGGAAUUGAAGGAGAGACAGGCCAAGGCAAUGCAGGACCCAGAAAUUCAAAACAUUCUCUCAGAUCCUGUUAUGAGACAGGUGUUGGUUGACUUCCAAGAGAAUCCCAAGUCGGCUCAGGAACACAUGAAGAACCCGAUGGUGAUGAGCAAGAUUCAAAAGCUUGUCCAUGCUGGAAUCGUUCAGAUGAGAUAG